AAGCGCAGAGUUGUUGUGUUGGAGGUUAGGGAAUAGGUGUACACGUACUAUUCACUCAGUCGUUCAUUACUACUAAUUUUAAAGCGUUAAUUAGGAGAAAUUAGAUUAUGUUCAGACGUUUUUUCAUUCAAUAAAGCGCAAAAAUGAUAGUGUAUUCGAGUUUUAUAAUUUUCAUCGCUGCAGUCCUCUCAGUAAUUCAGGGACUCGUUGCUGAGGAAAUUUUGGGUUGUGGGGGAUUCAUUAAGAGUCACGCGAGCAUUGAUUACUCAAAAGUUCACAUAAAACUCUACACAAAAUCUGGAAGUUUGAAGGAUCAAACAGAAUGCGCUCCGAACAAUGGUUAUUAUUUUCUUCCUCUGUACGAUAAGGGCGAGUACAUUCUCAAGGUUGUACCACCUCGAGGUUGGAGUUUCGAACCUACAGAGAUAUCUCUCGACGUUGAUGGUAGAACGGACAUUUGUAGUCAGGGUAAAGACAUAAACUUCACGUUUAAGGGCUUUGGUAUAGCUGGACGUGUAACUAGCUCUCAGUCAAGCCCUCAAUCUCAGGGCCCAGCAGGAGUGACAGUUGUUCUUUACAAGGAUAAGAUCGACAAGGAAAAUUCAAUUGGUACCACCACCACGUCCAAGGGAGGAAUAUUCUCUUUCACUCCAAUUCAGCCAGGGAAGUACAUCCUAGUUGCCACCCACCCUAUCUGGAAGAUGGAGAAGAAUACCGUAGAAGUCAUCGUGAAGGAGGGAAAUACUGAGCUUCCUGACAACAGCCUCACCGUCUUCGGGUACGAUGUGAAUGGUCGAGUCAUGAGUGAGGAUAAUCAACCAGUCACAGGAGUCUUCUUCGUUCUCUUUGGAACAGGAGCGUUCAAGGAUUGCUCAACAGUCCCACAGACAAUGGAAAUAACAAGUGAUCCCACCUGGGGAAAGCCCCUUUGUCACGUAACAUCAGAUACCUCAGGGAAAUUUCGAUUUCCAGCUUUGACAAAUGGAAAUUAUCGUCUGAUUGCUCAUUAUUCCGCUCCUCAGACUAAAUUCCAUGUUCAACCUUCUGAAUUAACCUUUACCAUUGAUCAAGGCAGUGUAACACUUCCACAAGAGUUCAGAAUAAUUGGUUUCACUGUCAGUGGAAUAGUCCUUUUAUCGUCUUCAAAGGACAAAAUUCCCCUUUCAAAUGCUAAAAUCUUUAUCUCUGGGAAGCAAGUUGCUACCACUGAUACAAAUGGUCGUUAUUUAAUCGAUAAAAUGAAAGCAGGUCAAUAUUCAUUGAAAAUCGAUGCACCUGACGUUAAAUUCGAUGAAGUAAACGUAAAAAUUUCUGCAAGUUCUCCAGAACUUCCAAUUUCCACUCCAAGUUCUUACAAAGUAUGUGGAACAGUGACAUUAUCAGCUAAAGGCACUCUUCAUCAUCGUAAAGUGAUUAUCGAAAAUGCAGGGGCUACGUUUCACAGGGAAAUUGAUACAGAUCCCAAGACUGGUGAUUACUGUCUCUAUUUACCUCCAGGAAAAUAUCAAUUCAGUGUUGAAGUGAAUACUGAAGAGAAAACGAAAGGACUUCAAUUUUUUCCACUCCAGCAAACAAUUGAUGUCUCUGGAAAGCCUAUCAAGAACGUUAACUUCCUUCAACUUAAAGCUACAUUAUCAGGCUCCAUCAAGUGCCUGAGCAGUGACUCCAGCUGCAAUCAAGCCUUCGUCACCCUGAAAGUCCUCGAUGGACUCACAGUAAAAACAAUUCAAGCACAGAAUGGGAAUUAUGAGUUCAGUGAAAUUCUCCCAGGUCAUUACGAAGUACUUAUUGACACUGACAUCUUCUGCUGGGAGAGCCCCAUUCAACAGAUCUCUGUAACAUCUGAGAAAGCUACUGUUCCACCAUUCAAACAAACAGGCUUCACAGUCACUUUCAUCUCCUCCCAUGACUCAGCAGUGGAAUUCUUUGAUCCUGGAAAAUCCAAGAAAAUAGCCCUGACUCUACCCAUGGGCAGCACAAGACACUGUGUCUCAAGCCCAGGAAUCUAUAAAUUUAUCCCCAAGAGCUGUCAUAUUUAUGGAAAGGAGUACUACACUUGGGAUACAACAAAUCAAAGCCCAAUAAUUCUAACGUCUAAUGAACACAGACACAGGGGGAAAAUUAUGGUACCUUCAUCAUCGUCAGAGGUUGGGGAAGUUGAUAUUAAAGUGAAGAUCGAGGCAGGGGACAAGACUAUUCACUCACCAGUGAAAUUCUCAAGAACGAAGGACAACUAUCAGUAUCUUUUCGAGUUCAAUGCAAAUGUUGAUACAAUUUACGUUAUUACUCCUCAAUCGGAUAUCAUCCUAUUUUCUCCACCAUCACUGAAGAUCACAGGAACCAAUGAUUGCAACAAUGAGGCAGCUAUUUUCAAUGGACAAGUCGGAAGGAUCAUCGAGGGAAAGGUAUCGCCACCCCUCGAGGGAGUGACAAUCAGAAUAUUUGGAAGGGAUAAAGGGGCGCCAGUGCACACUCUGGUGACUCCACAGGACGGCAAGUACAGGGUUGGACCCUUGGAUGGAAGCAUGGACUACACAGUGACAGCAGAAAAAUCUGGAUUUUCGAUAACUGAAAAUCGUGACGCCGAUGGAGUCUUUUACGCAGAAAAACUUGCUGAAGUGAUCGUUGAUGUUGUUGAUCAAGCAGAUGAAUCUCCUCUUCAAGGAGUUUUACUGUCAUUGUCGGGUGGUCAGGGGGGUUAUAGAAAGAACAGUAUGACGGGUAGUGAAGGGCGAUUGGUGUUUAAUUCAUUGUCUUCUGGGGAGUACUAUCUGCGAGCUAUGAUGAAGGAGUACAAGUUCGAUCCUCCAUCGAAGAUAAUUAAAGUGUCUGAGGGGGCAACUGUUCGAAUCAAACUGAUAGCCAAGAGAGUUGCCUUCAGUGCUCAUGGAAUGGUGACUUCGUUGAACGGAGAACCCGAGCCUGGACUGAUUGUCGAGGCCCAAGGGUUGUCUGGUAGCCUCAAGAAUUCCCCAUCAUCUUCCUGUGAUUCUCUGCAAGAGGAAGCCACCACUGAGGAGAAUGGCAGAUUCAGGAUAAGAGGACUCGAGCCAGGAUGUCAUUAUGUUGUGAAGCUGAAGGACAAUGAGUUCCAGACUAAUUCCAGGGUCUAUAGAGCUUCUCCUGAUGGAAUUGAUGUAGAGGUUGUUGAUAGGGAUGUUGAGGGGCUCAGGUUUAUUGCCUUUCAUCCCAUUCCUAGGACCGAUGUGUCGGUUCAUGUGAUUGCUGAUCAGGUUGAACAUUAUAAGGGUUUGAAGGUGAAACUUUGUAGGGAAGAUCAGCCUGAUUCACCCAUUCAUUCGGUCAGAAUUGAUCCUCAACAAGCUAGUAAAUUCACUAGUUAUAGUAAUCCUGGGUUCUUGAUGCACUUUCCUGCAUUACAAUCCAAUGGAAAAAAAUAUUUUGUCCAGCUCGAGUCGUCUCUAUCUCCAGCUCUUUACAAGUACAAGGUUAUUCCUAGUUAUUUCGAAGCAAAUACAUCUUUCAAAGCAUUGACUUUGAUUUUUAAGGCUGAACGAAGGAUUGAUCAUGGAGAAAUGAAUCAGAGCUCAAUGAUUGCUCUCCCUUUUAUCAUGAUCGUGGCAAUCGCGUUCUUGAAUAGGGAGAAGUUGUGGAGUUGGUUAAAUAUCAGGAUUGAACAGUGGUCAAAAGCAGGACCUGUUCAGAGGAGUCCUGCUAUUCAGAGCAUUCCCAUUGAUCCCAGGACUGAUGAUAUUAUUGUCGAACAGAUUAUGAAUAUCAACAAGAGGAAGACUAAGCCGAGGAAGACGUAGUUGGGGAAAAGUUAGGGCAAUUGUGAAAGUGUUUUGAGUAAUUGUUUUAUUUGACGUCAUUGUAAAUACAAAUUGAGAUUUGUACAUCUGUAAUUGCUUGUGUGGGGAGGAGAAUAAAUUAAUCUGAGGUAAUUACUGCCACAGAUGUACGAAAUGAUU